AAACUAUGAAAUCAAGCAAAACUGAUUCUCUAAUAUUUUUAUCAAGUGAAUAUAUAUGCAAUAUAUAUACACGUUCAAUUCAGCUUGAAUUUCGCAAUCUUCACUAUCUGCCAUUAAACCUACUGUUUCUCUACUGCAUGACACCAGAGUGUGAUAUUUCAACAUGUCAUUAGAUUCAAAUUGACUCAAAAUUGUGUCUAACUAAAAUGAGAAAAAAAAUAAAUAUACUUAAAAAUGCUGCACAAUAUGUAAUUUUAAACUAGUAUCUUACCUCUAUAUUUAUUAGUUCAUUAGCAUCAUUAAUUAAUAACGGACAAGACACGACUUGUACUUGGGAGGAACGCGGCAAUUCACAUGUACUUAGUAAAAACGCAGGAUCUGACCGGAAGGUGUUGCAUUUAUGAUAAAUAAUGUUA